AUGGCUGGACGACAACCGGAGCAGCCGCGGGGCCCUUUCGUUUGCGAGUACUGCGCCGAGGUGUGGCCCUCGGCUCGGGCGCUCGCGGGCCACAUUAAGGCGCACGGGAAAGCGCCGGCGCAGGAGGUGCCCUUCCCCCCUGUGCCGCCGGGGUUCGGUCCGGGCCCGGGCAUGAUGCCAGUCUUGCCACCCUCCUUCUUCCUGCCGCCACCGGUGAUGGCUCUGGGCCAGCCUGUGGCGCCUCCAGGGUUCUUCUUCGGCGGAUUGCCGCGCGUGCAGGUGCGGCAGCCUCCGGCCCCGCCACUGCACGAUCCUGUCGUCUCCGACGCAGGUGGAACGAUCAGGAUGGUUGUGCUCGAGCCAAACCAUGCCUUCUGGUUGCCGUACCGCAUGGGCAUGGACCCCCCCGUGGAGAUCGACUUCAUGGGGCUGCGUCCCAGGCCGGAGUCGCCGUCCCCCAGCUUUGUGAGCUGGCUCAACGCCUGA